AUGCGCAUGUGGCGGGACUGGGGCCAACCAAUCUUGGAACAGAACAAGAUGAAACCUGGCACUGUUAAGGCUUAUUUGUCCUCAGCGGGAAAAUUCUUGAAGUUCAUUAUCAAUAAAGUAGCAGACGAGACGAGAGAUUUUCCGAGCAUUGACGAGCGGUCUUUGCGAUUGGCCAAUAAUGUUCUUAAUCGCCUUCCUGACAGGAGAACAGCAAUUUCCAGAAAGUUCAGUCACAAGAAAUGGGAGAAAGUGCUAGAAGUAUCCAGAAGGUUGCCACCAGCAUCUACUAUUAAUGACUUGAUGUCAACCGAUCCAGCCAAAGAGGCCAUAACAAUUCUGAACAAGAGCAGCACUGGGCACCUCGUUAGUUCUCGGGAAUUUAUAAGCGUGCGCGAUUUUCUCAUU